CUAAGGAUUGGGCGGUGAUACUUGGUCCUUUGUGACAUUUUUAGUAUUAAAGGGAAGGAUGUCUAAUAUAUCAUAUAACAAAAUUGCAAAUGUUAUUGCCAAAAUAUAUGAGUUUCUGGAGGUUGAACGAAAUAUCUUUUAGGCUCAACAAAAGUUGCCCAACAUUUUGUGCAUUUUAGACUGUCUGAGAGGCCAAAAUGUUGAUGUGGCAAAAUCUCUAAGACAAACAAAGCCUACCUUGACAAAUGUCAUGGUUCUUACUCAUUUCGGAUAGCUUUUACACUUUAAGAAGAUGAAGGUAAACAGCCGACCUUAAUCUUUUGGCCCCUCCCCAUCCUUGAUCCUUCCUUUCUCUGAGAAUGACACUUAUUUUCAUGACAUCGAUUAUUUCUAUUACUUUAACUCGAAGAUCUGAUUCAUGUUUUAUUGUCCAUGUUAGCAAUUCAAAAAUGUAACUUUGUCCCAAAGUGUCAGCACAUUCUCACAGUCAAUCAAAUGGAGAUUUGCAAAAGUUGUAGAUACAUUCUGCUAAGUAUUAUUUAUGCUUGAAAAAAUGAUAUGUGUUAAUAUCCUCUCUUAAUUUUUUUAUACUCAGUUACUGUGUGGGUAUGUGUGGCGAUGGAGCAAAUGAUUGUGGGGCUCUCAAGGUGGCACAUGCAGGGAUUUCACUAUCGCAAGCUGAAGCUUCUGUUGCCUCGCCAUUUACUUCGAAGAUUCCAAAUAUUGAAUGUGUGCCUACUAUAAUAAGAGAAGGCAGAGCGGCUUUGGUAACUUCAUUUGGAAUAUUCAAGUACAUGGCUCUUUAUAGCAUUGUGCAGUUUGUUUCUGUGCUCUUACUUUAUUCUAUUUCUUCAAACCUUAGUGACUGGCAGUUCUUGUACAUUGAUCUGGUCAUUAUUACAAGUCUAGCUCUUGUCAUGGGUAAAACAGAAGCUUACCCCUUGUUAGUGGCUCGAAGGCCUGGGGGAAGUCUCAUGUCUCCAGUAGUUNGAAAAAAGGUCAGGCAACAAUCAAAACAGAGGUCCACGAGCCCUGCGGCUUUUCGUACAUAA